AUGGCUCCUCCCCAGUCGGCACCGAAACACUUUUACUCCAGCGUGCCUCAAACCUCGGCCAUGGCGGUGUUGGCAGGGAAGCCAACAUUCCUCGCCUGGGGCAAGCUGCGUUUCCUGCUCAUGGACGCCCCUCGCGACUGCAACCUCUCCCACUACAUUCGAGAAGCCAAGCGUCAUAACGUCAUUGCCUUGGUGCGUGUGUGUGAGCCCACGUACGACACGGAAGAAGUGGAAGCCGCGGGCAUCCAGGUGUUGGACAUGGGCUACGACGACGGCAGCAGCCCGCCUCAGGACGUGAUCGAUCGCUGGCUGGCCCUGGUGGACGACGUUUUCAGCAAGCCGGCGCGGCUCACCCCCUCUCUCUCGCCAGCUGCUUCAUAUCCGGGUAUUCAGUCAGGGAAAUCGGGCGUGGCCCUCGCACGUUCCAUGUCUUGGCGCGAGAACUCCCAUCAAGGGGCGGCCGCAGCUUCCCCCCAGGAACUGGAGGAAUCGGAAGAGCCAGCACCAACGAUUGCCGUGCAUUGCGUGGCAGGCCUUGGGCGAGCUCCUGUUUUGGUCGCCUUGGCUCUGAUCGAGCAUGGUUUCGGCGACGCUUCGGCAGUGGUGGAGUUCAUUCGCUCGAAACGUCGAGGGGCCAUCAACAUGCGGCAGUUGAACUACCUGGAGCAGUACCAGAAAAGAGAGGCCGUGUCUUGCGGUGGCUGCAGCAUUAUGUAA